AUGCUGUAUCCCACGUCUCUCGUACGGUCCAGGCGCUCGCGAGUCGCUCUCCUUGUCGCGGCCUGCUGGCUCGUCUGGCUCUGGCACUACCACGGGACCAUCGCCGCCACCGCUGCCUCGGACCAUGACGCAAGCACGCUGGCCGCCGAUUUCCCCCUGGCGUGGAAGCACAUCCACAUGUUCAACGGCACAGGCGGCGCGUGGUACAUUCCCGAGGCGUGGACGACCGACAUUGACGGGCGGUACCAGCAGCCCCACACGAUUCUCGAGGCCGCCACCUAUGCCACGGCGGCCGCGUCGGGCAGCCUCGCGCGGCGCAUGGACUUUGCCCAGAUCCCGCUGAUUGUCCACCAGACGUGGAUGACGGCGAACAUCGACGGCUGGACGCCCAUGGUGGUGCGCUGUGUCGAGCGGUGGCUGACGUAUGCCGUGGGCCAGACGCCAGCGGUGGACGAGGGCCGGCCCUCGGACAACCAGGACGGCCCGCCGAUGGCGUACUUUUUCUGGGACGACGCGGGCAUCGACACGUUCAUGCGCACCUACGAGCCGGACUUUGUCGACGCCUUUUACGCCUUCUUCUCGCCCGUCGAGCGGGCCGACAUCUUUCGCGUCUUGGUCUGCAAGUGGUUUGGCGGGAUUUAUGGUGAUGUUGACACCGAGCCGUUGCGGCACCCGGCAAAGUGGAUCCACCAAGCCGACCUGGCGGCGUGGACCGACCCGGAAACGGGCGCCACGUUUGGGCUCAACACGACCGUCCAGGCCGCGGAAAAUGAAAGUGAAAAUGAAAGCGACCGCGACCAUGCCGCCGACCAAGACCGCCCCGUCACGCUCCUGGUGGGCCUCGAAGCCGACGUCGAUCCGGCGUCCGACGCCUACUGGCGCAUGGGCUACACCUACCCGGUCCAGCUCACCCAGUGGGCCCUCGCGGCCGCGCCCCAACACCCGGCCCUCGCCCACUUCAUCGACCUCGUGCGGGCGCUCGCCGCAGGCGGCCCGAACCCCGUCGGCACGACCGUCGUCGACGACCCCCUCCUCUGGACGGGCCCGCCCGCCAUCACGGCCGCCAUCAGCGCGUGGCUGCAGGAGCACUUUGGCCUGCGCUGGAACGCCGUCACCGGUCUCCACGACAACGGCAAGGCGAAGCUUGUCAGCGACGUCCUCGUCCUGCCCAUCACCGGCUUCAGCCCCGGCCGCGGACGCUACGGCAACAUGGGCUCGAAACCCGUGUCCGACGCCGACGCGCGGCUCUUCCACCACGCCCAGGGCUCCUGGCGCAAGUUUGACGUCAACGACCAGCUCGGCAAGCUGUGCCGCACACUGUUUGGCCUCUGUCGACCAGAGUCCAUACCUUUAUGA